AAAAACACAAAACCUUAAUUCCCACAUGAUCAUUCACACUGGAGAGAAGCCAUUCACCUGCCAACAGUGUGGAAAGAGUUUCAGGCGCAAAGGAAACCUAAAGACUCACAUAAGAAGUCACACUGGAGAGAGACCUUACAUCUGCAAACUGUGUGGGAAGAGAUUCAUAUACAAUGUAAAUCUUGAUAGGCACAUGAAGAUUCACUUAAGAGAUAACGGUUUUAAAUGUCAUCAGUGUGAAAGGAGUUUCACAGACACGAAUCACCUUCAGGAUCAUGUUAAAAUUCACAUCGGAGACAAGCCUCUCAUGUGCCAUCACUGUGGAUUGAGUUGCUCAAGAGAAGCAAACCUCAAGUCUCACAUUAGAGUUCACACUGGAGAGAAACCUUUCACCUGCGAACAGUGUGGAAAGAGUUUCAGGGUUAAAGGAAACUUAAAAACUCACAUGAGGAUUCACACGGGAGAGAAGCCAUUCACAUGUCUUCAGUGUGAGAAGAGAUUCACAUAUAACAAAGACCUGAAACAUUAG